UGUAUUUUAAAGUGAAUGCUGAAAAUUUAACUGACAUAUGACAAACCAGUAGAUUUAACAACUAUCAACAAUGUAAAAUAUUUUGACAGUCACUAAAUUUGCUUGUAAUUACUGACAGUUGGACAUAAAUGUCCGAAUCAGUAAUUAUGUGGCUAUUCAUUAUAACGUUAUUCUGUACCCUCCUUUACAUAACCUGCUGCUGUUUUGGCAUAAUAGAAUUCACAGUUUGUGUUCAAAGUGGCCUUGGCCACUGGAGAAGUAGUUGCUGUCAUGCCAAAAAAGAAUUAGAGAUCUAGUUUUUAUGUCCUCCUUGACAAAAGGAGUCUUCUGGAUCUUGGUCAAUGUCUCUAUACAUUAUUUAACUAUAUAAAUCAACAAAACAAUUAUUUUUUAAAAAAACCAAUGCCUUUCUAGCUCUUGGAAACUGAAAGAGAAAUUUAUUUAAACUCACCUAUUUAAGGUGGGAAAUGGGUGGCUGUCAGUGCAAUUUGCUGUACUCAGAAGUCAGCUUUCUGAAAGUAGAUCUGUUGAACAGGUUGAAGGUGCAAGUUGAAUGGUUAAUAUAUGAACAUAAAUGACAAAAAUAGAGGACCAACAGAUGAGUUCUUAAUUUUGUGGGAUUUAGCACAGAAGUUUCAUUCUUCAGGGUAUCUGAUUCAGUAUUAUUAAAUGGUAACUGAAACCAUUUUUCCUGCUAAAUAUUAAAUUUGAGUAUUAAUACAUUAAUGUACUCCAUGCAUAAAAACAUUGGGAUAGUCCUCCUGAUUUUACAUUUGCAAUAGCAGGGAGAGGGAGAUACCAUGUAUAGAUAGUUCUUUUGGUCAGAAAAUGGUAGAUUAGCAGCUUUGCUUGGUUCUUUAAGGGCCAGUGUAUAUACACAUGAUUGAAUCUCAUCUUACACAUCUGAAAGAGCUACCAGUUCUAUGCUGUAAAUGGUAAUCAUUUUUAUAACUGAAUUAUGCAGAAUUAUGGUAUAAUAACAUUUCUUAACUGUACAAAUUAUUUCAGUGCUGGAAAAUGUAAAUAAGAGAUGCUACAAAUAUAUAUCUUCUCUGUAUUUCUCCAGGUUUUAUUUUGCACAGUGUGAAUUGUAAUCCUGAGGGUUUAUUUUUAAACAAAUUGGAUGUUAAAUAUAGGCAAUUGUGUAAUGGGAAAAUGAUGCAGUUUUAGCCUUGGUUGCAAAGUCUUUGAGUUGACAAUUUUCUGAUUCCUCAAGUGAAAAACAUCUUUUUGUUAUAAUACCUUUUUAUGUUCACUGUUGUAAGAAAAAUUGCAGGCUUAUCAAGAGCAGAGUACAUGGGGUUUUCUUUCGGAAGGAGAGACGGAAGGAAGAAAGGCGGUUGGCCGGGGACAAGCUAUCAUGCUGGACUUUGUCAUUUUCGCCGUCACCUUCCUGUUGAUCCUGGUGGGAGCCGUGCUUUACCUCUACCCGUCUUCCCGACAAGCUUUGGGAAUCCCAGGGAUCACGCCAACUGAUGAAAAAGAUGGGAAUCUUCCCGACAUCAUAACUAGUGGCAGCUUGCAUGAGUUUCUGGUCAACCUCCAUGAGAAAUAUGGCCCAAUUGUCUCUUUCUGGUUUGGACAACGUCUUGUGAUCAGUCUGGGGUCCAUUGACCUCCUGAAACAGCACAUUAACCCUAACAGGACAACGGACCCCUUUGAAACGAUGUUAAAGUCCUUGUUGCAGUAUCAGUCAGGCCUGGGUGGAGACAUGGCUGAGAGCUGCGUGAGGAAAAAACUGUAUGAAAAUGGUGUCACUAAGCUGCUGCCGAGUAAUUUUCCUGUAAUCCAGAAGCUGUCAGAAGAAUUGCUAACAAAAUGGCUAACUUUCCCCGAGUCUCAACAUGUGCCCCUCAGUCAGCAUAUGUUAGGCUUUGCAAUGAAGGCUGUUACACAGACGGCUAUGGGCAGCAGGUUUGAAGAUGAACAGGAAGUCAUCCGAUUUCGUAGGAACCAUGAUGUGAUCUGGGCAGAAAUUGGAAAGGGUUUCUUAGAUGGUUCACUUGAUAAAAGCACGACCAGAAAAAAGCAGUAUGAAGAUGCCCUGAUGGAAAUGGAGCAGGUCUUGAAGAAAGUCAUAAAAGAACGACAAGGAAAGAACUUCAGCCGACACAUCUUCAUAGAUUCUUUACUGCAGGGGAAUCUGAGUGACAAGCAGAUUUUGGAGGACACUAUGAUAUUCUCUCUGGCAGGAUCCAUAAUCACUGCAAAAUUGUGUACGUGGGUGGUCUAUUUGUUAACUACCUCAAAAGAAGUUCAGCAAAAGCUUUACAAGGAGUUGGAUCAGGUUCUUGGAAAGAGCCCUGUUACACAUGUGAAAAUUGAACAACUUAGGUAUUGCCGGCAGGUUUUGAAUGAGACAGUGAGGACAGCAAAACUAACCCCAAUUGCUGCCCGACUUCAGGAGCUGGAAGGCAGAGUUGAUCAGCAUCUGAUUCCCAAGGAGACUCUUGUCUUAUAUGCACUUGGUGUGGUCUUGCAGGACAACUCAGUUUGGCCAUUGCCCUACAAAUUUGAUCCAGACAGAUUCAGUGAUGAAGCUGCUAUAAAAAACUUCUCUCUCCUGGGUUUUUCAGGAAGUCAGGAAUGCCCUGAACUGAGGUUUGCCUGUACAGUUGCUAUGGUUCUUCUGAGCGUGAUUGUGAGGAAACUCCACCUGCAGCCUGUAGAAGGUCAAGUCAUUGACACUAAGUAUGAGCUGGUUACCUCACCCAAGGAAGAAGCAUGGAUAACCAUAUCCAGGAGGAACAAAGGAGAGGAGUGAAAUUGUUGCGGGAAAAGAACACUUUUGCACAACUGACCACUUCCAAUGCUUCCUUUGAAACAUCAAUCAUCAUUGAGCAUUCUUGGCUCAAAGUAUUUCCCUCCUUUCCUAAAAAUUUCCUUGGAUCCUAUAAACAAAUCUGUAGGAUUAAUGGGAAAACUGGACCUUGUGAGCAGUGAUUAAUUUCCCUCACUUCCCAUUGACCAGAGCAGCAAGAAAUCAUAUAUUUUGACCUAGAAGUCCUCAGCCAUAAAAACCAAGUGUAAGCAGUCACAUUGUGGAAAGGCACUGCAUUUGGAUAUAGGAGUUUUUAAAAAUAUAUUUUUAAAUGAAAUACAACUCAAGUAUGAGUUAUAGCAGAGAGAAACUUAAAGAUGAAACCUUGCUCUAAAUUAAGAUCCAAUAUGAGUGGAUCUUAAUUUCUUAAUUAACUGUUCAUGCAAUUCAAUAAACAUGGUGGAAGCACACUUCCAAUGAGAAACA